CGAUUGGUUCCCCCCUCUGCCUGCCGCCGCUGGUGGCGGCUUCGGGACCAGAGUGGCAUCGAUUGGUGCCCUCCGCGCCCCUGAGUCCGGCGGCGCUCGCCUUCAACUCCGCCCUUCUGGAGGCGGCAGGGACUCGUAAAAGGCCGGGCUGUGCCUGCGGCGGCGGAGGAGUUGCAGCAGCAGCAGAGGCUCCCACCGUCCGGAACGGCGAGAGUAUGAUAGGCCGGAAUGAAUCCUGCAGCUCAGAUCACAUACAGAUGUCUUACUUCACUUGCCUGGUGUAUGUAUUGGAAGAAUGGACUGGUGUGCAGUACUUGGAAGAUUAUCUGAAUUAUAUUGCAUAUCUUUUGUGGCUGUUUGCACCUCUUGUUGUGUCUUUUAUACUUCCUGGACUUAUCCUACUCCUCCUCUACAUUAAUAUUAUUAUCCUUCAUAUUUAUAAGAGACGGACUGACUUAAAAGAGGCUUAUUCCAAUGAUUUCUGGGAUGGUGCAAGGCAAGUGUUGGCAACUCUAUGGUAUGGGCAUGCCAGGAUAUGGAAUGGAUAUGAGCUGCACGGCCUUGAAAAAAUACCAGAUGGCCCAGCACUUGUUGUCUUUUACCAUGGAGCGACUCCGAUUGACUUCUUCUAUUUCAUGGCCACCAUCCUGAUUAAGAAGAAAAGGAUGUGCCACAUUGUGGCCGACCACUUUGUCUUUUCAAUUCCAGGUUUUAAACUCUUGCUCGAUGUGUUCAGCGUUCAGCAUGGAUCGCAGGAGGAGUGUGUAAAAGCGCUAAGGAACGGCGACUUGCUGGCCAUCGCUCCGGGAGGAGUUCGGGAAGCCCUCUUCAGUAACGAAAACUACUCCAUCAUAUGGGGAAAGCGCAAAGGAUUUGCUCAGGUGGCAAUUGAUGCCAAAGUGCCCAUCAUUCCAAUGUUCACACAAAACGUUCGGGAAGGAAUCCGAUCGCUUGGUGGAAUAAAAUUCUUUAGGUUGGUGUAUGAAUAUCUCCGUUUGCCCCUCGUCCCGCUUUAUGGGAACUUUCCUGUCAAACUGCGUACCUUUCUUGGGGAACCUAUUCCAUAUCAGCCCAAAGUAACUGCUGAGGAACUGGCAGAACAGGCAAAGAGUGGGAUCCAGACUUUAAUAAACAAACAUCAGAAAUUGCCUGGGAAUGUUUUCAGAGCUCUAAUGGAACGGUUUACAAUACAGAAAAAAGAAGACUAGUGCGGUCUGGGAAUCUGGGAAUGAUAAAUAGUUGUAAAGUAUUUUAAAAUCAUGUUUUUAACACCCAUCUCAAAUGUGAUAUUUGAGAAGGUUCUUUCUUACUGUAUUGUUUGUUUUCUGUUUGUACAGUUUUACAGAGAAGCUGACGUUUCUUACUUCCACAGAUGAUCACUGUUAAAUCUGGAGCUUAAGCUUUACAGAUAGAUUUUUUCUUAAAGUGCAGUUUUUUCAUGUAGUAAGUUAUGUAAAGGCUUCGUCAGAAUGAGUGGAACAGGCACCAUUUCCACCCUAACUUUAUCACUUGCAAAGCAAAUGAUUUGGGGGAUUAAAUUUAACGAUAGUCAUUGUGACGUAGGAGAUAAAGAGUUGCAUUUGGAUCGGGGAGACCCAGGCUCAAAUCUUCACUUGUAGCAAAACGGUGAUCUCAGACCAGGCACUCUCUUGGAAAAUAUCUUUUUUUUAAAAAAAGGAAAAUAAAGAUUUUAUUUAUAAAUCUACCUUCUAUUCUCUAGGGUUGCCAGGUCUGACUCAAGAAAUAUCUGGAGACUUUGGGGGUGGAGCCAGGAGACUUUGGGGGUGGAGCCAAUAGCAAGCAUGAUUGAUCUUCAAAGGGAGUUCUGGCCAUUACAUUUAAAGGGACCGCACACUUUUUAAAUGCCUUCCAUCCAUUGGAAAUAAUGGAGGAUGGGGGCAUCUUCUUUUGGGGCUCAUAGAAUUGGGCCCCCUAGUUCAAUUUUUUUGAAACUUGGAUGGUUUUUUGAGGAGAGGUGCUCGAUGCAAUGCUGAAAAUUUGGUGAUUCUACCUCAAAAAACAGCCCUCCCCAGAACCCCAGGUACCCAUGGAUCAAUUCUCCAUUAUAGCCUAUGGAAACCAGUCCCCAUAGGAUAUAAUGCCCAGUGAACAUUUCCUCCCCCACCCCCACUUUCUGAUAACCCUGAAGAAGGGGGAAGGCUGCCCAGCUAGGGGAUCCCCUGCCCCCAACUGGGGAUUAGCAUCGCUAACACCUACCGCACAGGUUUGUUGUGAGGAUAAAAAGUAGAUGGGGAGAAUCAAGUAUGCCCCCCCCCGAGCUCCUCGGAAGAAGGUAGAAAUAGGAUAGAAAUGCACUAAAUAAAUACAUAAUUAUUUUAUUUAAGUGAAUAUUUUCCCUUUUCUGGUGUUAUCUGCUAUAGGAAUGCUCCGAUCCAGUUAUUUGUUACAUGUGAAAUUAAGGUACUACUAUUAAACUAAGCAUACCUCAAAAA